AUGUCUUUUAGAAAUUGUCUGCUGAAAAAUACAUUUACCUUUCGUCAUACACCAUUGAACAGAUUAACGCGAGUAUUUUCAACGAGAUCAGGACUCACAGAUGAUCGAACCAAAAAGGUGAUAGAAGAAAUCAAAAAACUAGAAUACGAUUUGGAGACGAAGACAAAGUCUAGAGCAACAAAUUUACAGCCGAUCAAUGACAAAGAUAUAGCAGAAAUUUAUAAAGAAGUGUCCGCACCAAUUGGUGUUCGACCAAAGAUAAACACUGAUUAUUUGGAAAAGCUAAGAAUUCGAUUUUUGGAUACUCGGUCAAAUCAGAUAGAUAGAACUACAGCACCUGCUCAGCUACCUUCUUCAGCGGCAUUGUUCCAACAACAGCUCAAAAUCAAUGACGAAGAUGCUAAUAAAACAGCAUGCCCUGGAGGAGAAAAUAGUAUGCAGGAAUAUAGUCUCCAAGAUUUCGAGCAAUUGAUCUAUGUGAAUUCACUCGCUAAACGACCCGCAGAAGCAGAAAAAGCGUUCGAACUGAUGAAGGAUUACAAUAUCAGUCCAAGUGUUAAAUCUGUUAACCAUUUAAUGGAUGCUUAUGCAAAUACCAAUGAUUUGAACCAGACAAUUGCUAUCUUUAAAAGGUUGAAAGAGUUCAAUUUGAAACCAGAUGUAUAUAGUUAUGGCAUAUUGAUUAAGGCAUUCGUAGCAAACAAGCGAAUGGACGAUGCUAUGGUAGUUUUUGAACAAAUCAAAAAAUCCUCUGUUGUUCCGACUCAGCCUAUCUUCUCUACUCUGAUCAGUGGAUACUUAAAAGUAAAUAAUAUUGAUAAAGCUUGGGAUAUAUUUGACGCAAUGAGACUUUCAUACCAUCAGCCCGACGAGGUCAGCUUCACUUUGAUGCUACAUGCUUGCGCAAAAAGAGGAGAAAUAGAACGUGCAUUAAACUUGUUCGAAGAUAUGGCUGGUUAUAAUCUGUAUCCAACCGAAGUCACAUUUAAUACGCUCAUUCACGCCUGCGCAAAACGCCCUGAUUACUAUCACGAAGCAUUCAACCUAUUGCAUCAAAUGCAACUUACUUACGGAUUCAAACCGGAUAAAUUCACUUUCAACACUUUGUUAACUGCUUGUGCAAGAAAUAAGGACUUAAAACAAGCAAGGAAAAUUUUAGAAGCCAUGUUAAAAGAUGUGGAAAAAAAAAGAGAAGAGCAAUCUCUGUUGGUUCCAGAUAGUCAUACAUAUACUAAUAUGUUCUGGUGCUAUGCUAGCUAUCGACCCAUUCCACAGCAGAAGAAACAGAAAAAUAUAGACAAUAUGAAUACAGCUAUAUCAACAGAACGGCAUAUUUUACCUGUGGAUAUGCCCCAUAAGCGAUCUCUAGUGGUCAAAGAAGCCGAAUGGCUUUUCAACCAAAUUAUAGAUAAGAGUUUGGUUACAACACCACUAUUAACCGCCUAUCUUACUGUACAUAUCUCCCAGAAACAACCAGCACGUAAAAUCAUCCAUAUUUAUGACGAUCUUUUUGACAAGUAUGAUGUUGAACGUAAUGCAUUCACCUUUUUCCAUAUGCUCGAUUAUUGUUAUAAGCAGAAGGAUACCAUAAUGGCUUGGAAGGUUUGGGAGGACUACCAAGAAUUCUUGGAAAAGAGGAUCAAAGAUGACAGCGAUGAGGAUCAAAGUUUAAUCAACAAAAAAGCGGUCGAAGCCAAGCAAUAUGCGCUUGCAUUCAGCGAAGGGUGGACUCCAGAACAGCAGCAGAAGAUGGCUGUUUUGAUGACAAACACUUUAGCGAGAGCGGAUAACCUAAAGAAUGCAAUCAGUAUUUUGUCAACUGAAAUAAAUCGCUGUGCAAUGAAUCUUCCUUUAUUAAGCGAAAUAUUGCCAGCAUACAAUAAAACAAUACAAUUAGAAGAUGAAGAAGCGAAAGAAAAGUUACUGCAGCUUUGCCGCAGGGAUCCGAAGAAGACUGCAUUCAAAUAUCGACGCGUGAAUAACUUGAAAUAA